GGCCGCGGUCCAGGCAGCAAGCGAUGGCCGCUUCGGUUGCCAUGGGGACGGCGGCGUAGGCAGGGGCUGACGUCAGAGGGUGGCUAGCUGCCCGCACUGCGGCACCCAGCGGGUUCUCAGAGCCCGGGUGGCUGGCGGCUGGGGCGGCUGCGCGGCCGCCUCACUCCCCGCCCGCCCCGCCUGGGCUCUUUUUCCGAUCCCGGGGUUGGCUUCGGCGGGACCGGCAGUUGGCUGCUCUGCUCCCUUUUCUCCGGUGACAACCUGGUGCUGAAUCUUGAACCUGUGAAAUGCCUUCUUAAUUACAUCUGAGAAAAGGAUCCUGUUUGAGUCAAUACUUUACCCUAUAACUCAAUGUUCUCCAUAAAGCUGAGAUAUGCCCACGGUUGAAAGUGAAGCCACAGUGGAGACCAAAGUUCGUGUUGAGGAGUUGCUUAAGGCCCACAAUGAUCUAAUACGUGAAAGAAAAAAACUGAAGAAAAAAAUUGGCAAAUCUGGAGAAAAAAUCUCACUUGGCACCCUUAGAAGCAAUCUUCAGAAAAUCAAGGAAACGAAAAGUGAUGCCGUAAGUGCUGCUAACACCAAUACAGAGAAGAACAUGCGAGUCACUAAAAACAAACCAAGGGAUCCACGGUCAGCACAUUCAGAGCCAGAUGAUGAUGUUAGUGUGGAGGAAGACAAGCAAGAAAAGGCAAAUAAAAUACAAACAGCCCUCCAGGUGACUGCGCCGCAAGAGGAGCUGGAAACGCCGGAGAAGGAGGAGGAUGCCACACUUCAGAAAGCGCGGACCAAGCCACAGCCAGGCGGCACUCAGGAGAAAAGUGAGAAGGACGAGGAAGAAAGAGAAAAUAAGAGUGUAGAUGAGGAGGAAGAACUGAUGCGAGUAUACCAGCUCCAGGUAGCUGAAGAAAUGGCAAAGGAGAUUAAGAAGAAAAUCAGAAAGAAACUCAAGGAGCAGCUAACUUACUUUCCCUCAGAUACUUCAUUGCAUGCUGACAAAUUGAGCGGUGAAAAAAGAAAAAAGAAAAAGAAGAAAGUUCCAAUCCUGUCUCAGUCUGAAACAAGUACAUUGAUCAUCUCUGAUGACCCAACUGAAGGUGAACAAAAGAAAUCUCUAGUUGGAACAGUUACUUCAGAGUCUCGUCAAGAUGAUGAAAUAAACUCAGUGGAACAAAAUGUAGAUAACAACAUGCAAGAGGACACAAAAUCCAAACCAAAAAAAAAGAAAAAGAAGGCUAAAGCAGUUUCAGAUGAUAAUGAGGACACUGAUGGCGACGGUGUUCAUGAAAUAACAAGCCGAGAUAGUCCAGUUUAUCCCAAAUGUUUGCUUGAUGAUGACCUUGUCCUGGGAGUUUACAUUCACCGAACUGAUCGACUUAAAUCAGAUUUUAUGAUUUCUCAUCCGAUGGUGAAAAUUCAUGUGGUUGAUGAGAACACUGGUCAAUAUGUCAAGAAAGAUGAUAGUGAACGGCCAGUUUCAUCUUACUAUGAAAAAGAGAGUGUGGAUUAUAUUCUUCCUAUUAUGACCCAGCCAUAUGAUUUUAAACAGUUAAAAUCAAGACUUCCAGAGUGGGAAGAACAAAUUAUAUUUAAUGAAAACUUUCCUUAUUUGCUUCGAGAUUUUGAUGAGAGCCCUAAAGUCAUCCUGUUCUUUGAGAUUCUUGAUUUCUUAAGCAUGGAUGAAAUUAGGAAUAACUCUGAAGUUCAAAACCAGGAAUGCGGCUUCCGGAAGAUCGCCUGGGCAUUUCUCAAGCUUCUAGGAGCCAAUGGAAAUGUAAACAUCAAUUCAAAACUUCGCUUGCAGCUGUAUUACCCACCUACUAAGCCUCGAUCUCAGUCGAAUGUCGUUGAGGUUUUUGAGUGGUGGUCCAAAUGUCCAAGAAAUCGUUACCCAUCAACAUUGUAUGUAACUGUAAGAGGACUGAAAGUUCCAGAAUGUAUAAAGCCAUCUUACCGUUCUAUGAUGGCUCUUCAGGAAGAAAAACCAGUGUAUUGUGAACGACACCAUGAGCCAAGUUCAGUAGACACAGAACCUGGAUUAGAAGAUUCGAAGGAAGUGGUGAAGUGGAAACGACUGCCUGGGCAGGCUUGCCGUAUCCCAAACAAGCACCUCUUCUCACUAAAUGCAGGAGAGCGAGGAUGUUUUUGUCUUGCUUUCUCCCACAACGGAAGGAUAUUAGCAGCAGCCUGUGCCAGCCGGGAUGGAUAUCCAAUUAUUUUAUAUGAAAUUCCUUCUGGACGUUUCAUGAGAGAAUUGUGUGGCCACCUUAAUAUCAUUUAUGAUCUUUGCUGGUCAAACGAUGACCGCUACAUCCUUACCGCAUCAUCUGAUGGCACUGCCAGGAUAUGGAAAAAUGAAAUAAACAAUACAAAUACUUUCAGAGUUUUACCUCAUCCUUCUUUUGUUUACACGGCUAAAUUCCAUCCAGCUGUAAAAGAGCUGGUUGUUACAGGCUGCUAUGAUUCUGUGAUACGUAUAUGGAAAGUCGAUAUGAAAGAGGAUCCCGCCAUAUUGAUCCGGCAGUUUGACACUCACAAGAGUUUUAUCAACUCUCUCUGUUUUGAUAUGGAAGGUCAUCACAUGUAUUCAGGAGACUGCACGGGGGUGAUUGUGGUUUGGAACACAUAUGUCAAAGUUAAUGACGUGCAGCAUUCAGUUCGCCACUGGAGUGUAAAUAAGGAAAUUAAAGAGAGUGAGUUUAAGGGGAUUCCAAUAAGUUACCUGGAAGUUCAUCCCAAUGGAAAACGUUUGUUAAUUCAUACCAAAGACAGCACUUUGAGAAUUAUGGAUCUCCGAAUAUUAGCAGCAAGGAAAUUUGUAGGUGCAGCAAAUUAUCGAGAGAAGAUUCAUAGUACUUUGACACCAUGUGGGACUUUUCUCUUUGCUGGAAGUGAGGAUGGUGUAGUAUUUGUUUGGAAUCCGGAAACAGGAGAACAAGUAGCAAUGUAUUCUGACCUGCCAUUCAAGUCACCCAUUCGAGACAUUUCAUAUCAUCCACUUGAAAAUAUGGUUGCAUUUUGUGCGUUUGGACAGAAUGAGCCGAUUCUUCUAUAUAUUUAUGAUUUCCAUGUUGCCCAGCAGGAGGCUGAAAUGUUCAAACGCUACAAUGGAACAUUUCCAUUACCUGGAAUACACCAAAGUCAAGAUGCUUUAUGCACCUGCCCUAAACUGCCUCAUCAAGGCUCUUUUCAGAUUGAUGACUACGUCCCCACUGAAAAUUCUUCAAUGAAAAUGCAGCAAGUGAAACAGAGGCUUGAUUCUGUCACAGAGGUGAUACGAGCCUGUGCUGCAAAGGUCAACAAAAAUCUCUCAUUUACUUCAACAUCAGCCUCCUCACAACAGGCUAAGUCAAAACAAUCAAACAUGCUGGAUGCUCAUCAGAUUCUGCGUCAGUUUGGUUUCACUCAAGCUGGGAUUAUCAGCACAGAAAGGAAGCCUUGUAACCAUCAUGUAGACACAGCACCAACGGUAGUGGCGCUUUAUGACUACACAGCGAAUCGAUCAGAUGAACUAACCAUCCAUCGCGGAGACAUUAUCCGAGUGUUUUUCAAAGAUAAUGAAGACUGGUGGUAUGGCAGCGUAGGAAAGGGACAGGAAGGUUAUUUUCCAGCUAAUCAUGUGGCUAGUGAAACUCUCUAUCAUGAACUGCCUCCGGAGGUAAAGGAGCGAUCCCCUCCUUUAACCCCUAAGGAAAAAGCCAAAAUGGAAAAAGCCUUUUCAGCUUCUCAAAAGCAGUCAUUCAAGUUCCAGGAGUUCAGACUGGGCUCAGAAUAUAUGACACAUGCGGAAAUGGGCAGAGAACAAAGCCGUGAGGACCGAGGACACAUGGAUACACAGGGGAUGAAGAACGAGCAAACUGGCCGGAAAGUCACCCUCAUAGAGUAAAGAGUUGAAGGACGAAGAGACAAAGAACCAAAUACACAGAAAUGAAAUGACAGAUUAAACCGAAUGGAUUUUCUCUUCAGAGUUCAGAAACUUUAAAUGGCCAAGGAGAAAGGAAGGAUCUACUACUUCUUACCCUUAUGAAUCUAGAAAAAUCAGAAGUGAGGUAUGAGUGGAAAAAUAAAUGUGGCAUUUUGAGAUUAAUUGUUAUAAACCACCGUGUUUGCUGUAGAUCACAGUAUUGGUACUUAUAUUUAUUAGUAAUUGCAUCAAAAUUUCAUUACCGUUGUUGGAAAAUCAAUAGAGAAAAACCGUAAUUGCUACUCAGCAAAUAUGAAGAAAAAGUAUUUGCAUUGUUCGGAUGUCCUUUAAGUAAUCUUUUAAUAUUAUAUCUGUGGUAUGGUUAUAUGCGUGAUGUUAUGCUCAGAAUUUGAAAUAUCUGCUAUUGAAAUUUAACUUGAUUUAAAAUAAAGAUAAGGAGCUUCAGGAUUUUGUGUAUUCAGAAUGGUCGCAGGAAGAAAGGCAUUAAAAGGUAACGAAUUUGCUGGUUUUGAAUGAAUUACACAUAAACUAAAAGUGGCUUUUGGACACACUGGCAACAGUGUUCCUUUUCUUUUUUUUUUUUUUUUUUUUCACUUGUUAAAGAAAGCAUUUCACGGGAGCAUAUGAGGGAUGUGUAGACUUAUAUUGUUUAGUAUUUAUUUUAGCCUCAAUACUUGUUUUUAAAUUUUUACAUUGCAUUAUUUAUUUCUUUAGUUCCUGAAUAAUGGUUGUCGUUACUGUGACUGUAUAUUUUGAAGUGUGAAGUUAUAAAAUAGGAGAGUUCACCUCCGUUUUUCCUUGAUUCCUCUUCUUUCUCAACUGUGUGAUUAUAAGUCUGUCAAUAAAAUAUUUAACCUCAAGAAGGUCAGAACUAAAAUAAAAUUAGAAAGCUUAUUUACCAAAUUAGACAAUUGAUUCCAUUAAAAUAAGAAGUGAGAAAAACAGUGGUGGGCACUGAGGUGUAAAUUUUGCCCAGAUGUAUACCCAGCGUGAAAAAUCUUCUAGUAAAAAUAUAUUUGACUCCCUACACAUGUUGUAGAGGCAAAUAUGCCCUGUUGUGUAGAACUUGGUGGGGGGAGGGGAGCGUUUUCAAAAGUGGUGAGUGGCCUUGAUGACUGCUGAAGUCCUCAGUGAUCAGCACAGAAGCCUGUUCUGAUAGCUCCAGGCUCCCUUGUUCUGGAUGCUCAUGUCUGUGCUUCAGGUACUGCUGGAUCUAGCCAGCUUGAGUCACCCUUGUACAAGCUUGUCUUUUCUGUCUUGUGAAUGUCUUUGAUAAUUAAAAAAUAAAAAUAUGUGGCUCUCUGCA